CAAUUAUUCCUUGAAGUACCUUUUCUACCAUGGGAGCUUUAAAAAUGUUUUUUUACAAUAGAGAGAAUGAUUGAUUUAUUAAAAUUUGUCUGACUUGACGUUUUAGAAGCUUUUAUCUAUAACCAAUUUGAGGGAAGAUGCAGAAUGAAAGACUAGUAACUUGUUAUCAAUGACAAGUGUUUUACAAAUUAAGAAGAUUUUCAAGAUCAAUAUUAAAAAAUAAGUCUUGAUUUUUCUCACUGAUAGUCAGUUUUUUAUAGAGCAGUUAAUUCAGUGCUUUGUUGGGAUAAGUACAUUUAUGGGUGACCAGGACGGUCUAUGAAUAUAUUUGCAGCAGAAUUUUUAAAAUGGGAAACUUCGUAAGUAGAAAGUCAUUUAGAGCUCUUCGAUAGCUAUAUUGAGACUUCAGAGAUGGAAAGAAAGGAAAAUAUUUGAAAGAGAACGCAAAAGUGGAAAAAUUGGUGUGGGGGAGGGGUCAGAUGAUGGCAAUGAGAAAUAUCUGUUUAAUGGUGACCUGCAGGCUUGGGGAAGCCGAGAUGGGGGGUGUAAUCUCCCCUGUCAGUUCUGGGUUCUUCAGAACUAGGAGAGUGUUGAACACGACACAUAACCAUGCUGAGGGAUGUCCUGGGAUGUGGGGAAGGUAAAAUUCAGCAUUAUGAUAAGAACCCUGUGAACGCUAUGGAAUUAACCAUUCCCCUCCCUCCCUAUUUUUUGUAAACCCUGAUGGCAGUAAACUAAUUAUAAAUUCACAUUUUAUGUGCACAUUUUUCUCUUUGUAGGAUGAUUUUAUUAUAUCAAGUGGUACAUUUCAUUUUAUUUGCCUCAGUUUCUGGUGACUGUGUAACUGAGCUGUUGACAGACACCUACUUCCAAGGAGGAGACAUCACUACCGUUUUCACGCCAAGUGCCAGGCACUGCCAGGUCAUCUGCACCCACCACCCACGCUGUUUGCUCUUCACCUUCAUGGCUGAAUCGUCAUCUCAAGAUCCUGCCAAAUGGUUUACUUGUAUCCUGAAGGACAGUGUAACAGAAACACUGCCAAGGGUGAAUAUGACAGGAGCCAUUUCUGGAUAUUCUUUCAAGCAAUGCUCACACCAAAUAAGUGCUUGCAACAAAAAUGUGUAUGUGGGCCUGGACAUGAAGGGCAUGAACUAUAAUGGCUCGGUCGCCAGGAAUGUUCAGGAAUGCCAAGAGAGAUGCACAAAUGAUGUGCACUGUCACUUUUUCACAUACGCAACAAGCCAGUUUCCAAGCGCAGAGCAUCGUAACGUUUGUCUAUUGAAGUACACCCAAAUGGGGACACCAACCAGAAUAACGAAGCUCAGUUCAGUGGUGUCUGGAUUUUCAUUGAAAUCCUGUGCGCUUUCUAAUCUGGCUUGUAUUAGGGAUGUUUUCCGUAGUACAGUGUUUGCAGACAGUAACAUCGACAGUGUCUUGGCCCCAGAUGCCUUUGUCUGUCGCCGCAUUUGUACUCACCAUCCCAGUUGUUUGUUUUUUACCUUCUUUUCUCAAGAAUGGCCAAAGGAAUCUGAAAGAAACCUUUGUCUCCUGAAAACAUCUGAAAGUGGAUUACCAAGUACACGCAUUAAGAAGAACAAAGCUCUUUCUGGUUUUAGUCUGCAAAACUGCAGGCACAGCGUCCCAGUGUUCUGUCACUCCUCAUUUUACCAUGACACUGAUUUCUUGGGAGAAGAAUUGGACAUUGUUGAUGUGAAAGGGCAUGAAGCCUGCCAGAAAAUGUGUACCGAUACCAUCCGCUGCCAAUUUUUUACCUAUUCCCCAUCUCCAGAAUCUUGCAACGGAGGGAAGGGUAAAUGUUACUUAAAACUUUCUUCAAAUGGAUCGCCAACUAAAAUACUUCAUGGGAGAGGCGGUAUUUCUGGAUAUACAUUAAGGUUAUGUAAAAUGGAUAACGAAUCUAGUCAAAAUCUUCAAAAUAUUUCUCUGAAGCUUAUCUCACCCCAUCUACUCUCAGAGUGUACAACCAAAAUCAAGCCCAGAAUUGUUGGAGGAACAGCAUCUGUUCCUGGUGAGUGGCCGUGGCAGAUAACUUUGCAUAUCACGUCACCCACCCAGAGACACCUAUGUGGAGGCUCCAUCAUUGGAAACCAGUGGAUACUAACAGCUGCUCACUGUUUCGACGAGGUAGAGUCACCUAAAAUCUUGCGUGUCUAUAGUGGUAUUUUAAACCAAUCAGAAGUUAAAAAGGACACAUCUUUCUUUGGGGUUCAAGAAAUAAUAAUUCAUGAUCAAUAUGAAGUGGCAGAAAAUGGGUAUGAUAUUGCCUUGUUGAAACUGGAAACUGCAAUAAAUUACACAGAUGCUCAGAGACCCAUAUGUCUACCUUCCAAAGGAGAUAGAAAUGUAAUAUAUACUGAUUGCUGGGUGACUGGAUGGGGGUACAGAAAGUUAAGAGGCAAAAUACAAAACACUCUCCAGAAAGCUAACAUACCCUUGGUGACAACUGAAGAAUGCCAGAUAAGAUACAGAAGGCAUAAAAUAACCAAUAAGAUGAUCUGUGCAGGCUAUAAAGAAGGAGGGAAGGAUGCUUGUAAGGGAGACUCAGGGGGCCCCUUGUCCUGUAAACACAACGAAGUCUGGCAUUUGGUGGGCAUCACCAGCUGGGGAGAAGGCUGCGGUCAGAGGGAACGGCCAGGGGUUUACACCAACGUGGUUAAGUAUGUGGACUGGAUUUUGGAGAAAACUCAAGCAGUGUGAAAGAGUCCCCAGAUGCUAUUUGACACCCUGAAAGGCAAAUCAGAUUAUUUCUGGGAGGAGGGUUUUGAUUGCACUGAAGACAGACGCUGGGCUGCCAUUUUGCUCCACAAGUUAUGAUACUGAGACAGCAACGCAUUGAAGGGGGUUGGUAUUUGUGAGAAUGUGCCAAAAGAAACAAGUGGUCAUUUUCAAAAUUUCCAUUCUAUGAUAAUCUUAGUUUGUUUUCAGCAUAGAGUCUCUUGCUUUUUGAUCACACGUUACUGAGCCAAAGAAAUACUAUACGGUGAUAUUUUUUAAGAUUCAAGUAUUGAUAUUUUUUAAGAUUCAAGAAUCAAAUUGUGGCACCAGAGGCCCCGGUAGAACUACCAAAAGCAACUACCAUAAAAAGAUUCAUGAAGUGCGAAAUGGGAGCUGGAGAAAAUGGAGACAAGGACAGUCACCCUCAAUUUGCAAGAAUCUGUAUUCUGCCUACAUGAACAUCUUUCUUUUGUGAAAGAAGAACUUGACUAGAUUCAAUGGCCGGUUUUCAGAAUAAUCAGGAAUUUUUGUGAUUUCAAUUUUUUUUAAGAGAGAGAGAGAUGGGUGGGGGGAGGGGCAGAGGGGAGAGAGAGAAUCUUAAGCAGG